CUCCUAUAGUUCUUGCAGUUUAAAUUAUACAAGUUGGUUUUGCUCCUACUGAGUAGAACAGAUCGUGAAAAUAGAAAUUGCAAUAGUAUAGUGAUAUAGUUAAUAAAUGUUAAGUGUAUGAGCUGUAAUUUUAUUAAAAAUGGAUUUAGAAGUACUAUUGAGAUUUGUUUAUGCCCUUAUAGUAGGGUGUGUAGUUUUAAUGAUGUGGAUUUCGCUUGGAUCAGCUCGAAACAUAGAAGCAGUAAACUAUCCUCCUUGCUACUUUAACCCUUUGUGCAGUUGUUCCAAAGCCAUACCCGAUUUAGGAAUUGUACGAUGCCAGGAUGUAUCUCUUCCUAGAAUUCCAGACACUAUCAAUUCCUCAAAAGUAUUUAUGCUUCACAUGGAAAACAACGGUUUGAGGCAUAUUGAGCCGUAUUUCUUUCAAAAUACAGGUUUAUACAGAAUUUCAAUUAUCCACAAUCCUUUGAGUUAUCUCCCUGAUGAAGCGUUUGCAGGGUUAGAAAGGUCUAUGUGGGAGUUAGACUUGAGUCAUAACGAGUUAGUUGAGGUACCGACUCGAGCUUUAAAAUAUUUACAAAAAUUAACACAUUUGGAUCUUACAGGAAACUUCAUUUUUGAAAUCAGAUCAGACACUUGGAGAGGUCUGGAAGACUCUUUAGAAGUGCUUAUUCUGGCUGACAACUCAAUUAGUCGUUUGCCACUAGACGCUUUUUCGGGCCUUCCCCUUCUAGAUACGAUCGACCUGACCGGAAACAAUUUGCAUGAAAUCGACCCUUCCGUUUUUCGAGACGGCAUGGGUAGAUUAGCUCAUUUGAUACUGAAAGACAAUCAGCUGAGUGCCAUUCCUUACGAAGCCCUGUCACCUCUAAAAAUGUUGAGAACACUUGACUUAAGUUACAAUAGAAUAAAAAAAAUGGAGCCAGCCAAUUAUAAUGAAAAUACUAAAUACAGUUACAAAUUUUCCUUGGACACAUUCAGACUGGAUUUUAAUCAAAUAGAGGAGUUAGAAACGGACUCUUUUCAGUUUUUUGGGGUUUUAAACAGGACUUUUCUGGAUGGUAAUCCUAUAAAGUUCGUCGAGCAAAAUGCAUUUCGACCGGCAAAAAUAAAAGAGCUUUAUAUGAGAGGAUGUGAAAUAAAUGAAAUAUCACCAUUGGCAUUUGAUGGCUUGGAAAAUUCUUUGCAUGUUUUGGAUUUGUCUGGUAAUAAUAUAACCGCUUUGCAUCACGAAAUUUUCCAUAGGUUUGAUGUUCUUCGUACGGUUUCCUUGAAAGAUAAUUUGAUUACCGACUUCAACCCAGUUGAAACAUUUAAUGGGUUUCAGUAUACUUUAUACAAACUGGAUAUAAGUGGAACUAAGAAUGCUCUUAUUUCAAUUCAGGAUUUAAGAAGAUUAAGAAACCUUCGCGUCUUAUCGUUAUCGCGAUUGCAACAAUCCCAUUUGUCUCCGGAAAAUUUCUUGGAAUUUGGAACAGACUUAGAAGAAUUACAAAUCAAUUAUGGCGAUUUGAGAUCAAUAAAGAGUCACGCUUUCCAAAGCGUCCAUGGUUUAAGGAGAAUUGAUUUAUCUGAAAAUAGAAUCGAUACAAUAGACAAAGACGCUUUUGCUGAUAUUGGACAUUCAUUGGUUUCAUUGAAAUUGUCUCAUGCACUUUCCUCAUCUAUUAGCCAAAUUCCAGCGGAAUCAUUUGGAAGUUUAACGAAUUUGGAAGAUUUGGAUUUAAGUUUCAAUAGGAUACAAACAAUGCCUGACAAUUGCUUUCAUUUUAUGAAAAAAUUAAAGAUUUUACAGCUUCAAGACAAUUUGAUAGACAAAGUUCAAAAAGGAACGUUUCAAGGUGACUUACAUUCCGAAUUAGAAAUUAUAUACAUGUCUUUCAAUAACCUGAAGACUAUCCAACAACAUACGUUUACUGAUUUGUCCCUUCUCGAACAAUUACACUUAGACGAUAACAAAAUAGAGAAUUUAGAGCGUAGAGCGUUUAUGAAUCUUAACAAACUUAAAAGGCUUAAUUUAAAAGGAAACAAAAUAGCAUCAAUAUCAUAUGAAGCAUUCCAAAAUUUACCGGAUCUAGAGGAUUUGGACAUGUCAUACAAUAAGAUUUCUAAAUUUGAAUUUGCCAUUUUUGACCAAGUUGGUACUUUGUCGAUGUUCAAAGUGAACAUGUCCCACAACUCGAUUACUCGAUUAGGUUCUGAUAAUCCAUUAUCAUUUACAAGAGAUAGUGCGAUGGGAACUAUGCAUUCGACAAUAAAAGUUUUGGACUUGUCGUACAAUAACAUUACGCGCGUUGGAAUGAGAUUCUUUCAUCCUGUCGAAAUGUCAUUGACAUAUUUGCAUAUGUCUCACAAUAAUCUAAGAAACUGCACAAAAGACAUUUUUGGAAACAUGAUUCAUUUGCAACUUUUGGACUUGUCUUAUAACAACAUUUACGAAGUUGAUUAUGAUACAUUCAAAAGUUCCCAUAAUUUACAAGAAAUAUUUUUUCAUCAUAACGAAAUUAUGGAUAUUCCGAAAGAUUUAUUUAGGAAUCUGAAGAAUUUACGUGUUGUGGAUUUAUCAUUUAAUAGACUUAGACUUUUGCCUGAUAAUCUCUUUAAAGAGGAUGAUCUUGAAAAACUGGAUUUGUCAGGAAACGAUUUCAAUCGAUUUCCAUUUAAUAGUUUCUCGUUGGCUGCAGCUUCAACAUUAUGUGAAUUAGACCUUUCUCAUAAUUCUAUUUCGACUUUAGCUCAUAAUGAAGCGUUAGGAAAAUUUAAAAACUUAAUAUUUUUGGACUUGUCUUAUAAUAGACUGGUACAACUGGAAUUAGCAGCAUUCUCCUUUCUACCGAAACUUUUGGCUUUAGAUUUGAGUCACAAUUCACAACUUGUACUAGAACGAAAUGGCCACAGUUUUCAAGGAUUAGAGGAUUCACUGUUGCAUCUCAAACUGGAUAAUGUUUCCUUUAUUCAAGUCCCUGAAAUGCCAUUGCCUAACCUCCUGACUCUUUCCAUGGCUUACAAUUCUUUACCCAAUAUCCCACAGGAGGUCGCAUCCAAUCUGACAUCACUUAGAAGACUCAACUUGGCACACAAUGAUUUGACCACUGUUCCUUUAGUAACCCAUUCCUUUAAGCAAAUUACUCAUUUAUCUUUAGCUGGAAAUCCAAUAACUGUAUUAAGUAAUACAAGUUUGCUGGGAAUAGGCGAUCAUUUAGAAGAGCUGGACGUAAGAGAAAUGGAGCUUACUACACUAGAGACCGGCGCCUUUUGUAAGAUGAAGGCUCUAGAAACCUUGAAGAUCAGUGAUUACAAAAAUGUGAAAGAUUUUAAUAUUCCUACCCUAAUUGAGAAAAAUGUUGGUCUUCGGAAUUUAGAAAUACAAGUUGAAAAAGAAAGUAAUUUAGAGAAAGAAAUGCGAGGAGUUCUUCCAUCCAAAAUUAGAAAUAUUACUUUUACUGGACGGGGAUUGAAGAAAAUUAGCUCAUAUAUUCUACAGGGAGUUCGCAGUCCUUUCCUGCACCUUUCGUUUUAUAAUACAAGCCUCAACUCUAUACCAGAUGAUUUGUUCCUUAAUUUAGGAUGGGCAAGGAACGUAACAAUAGACGUUAGAAAUAAUGGAAAUUUGCAGAAGUUGGAGAAUCCAUCAACAGGCAGUAGACCUGGACUACCUGGUCAGACAUUCCUGCUUGAUGUGUGGAUGUCCGGAAAUAAAUGGAAUUGUGACUGCAACUUGGGAUGGGUUGAAUUUUGGCAACGGAAGCGUCGUCAGUACCUGUGUCAACAUCCAAAUAAUAAUCAUUUCGAAAAUACUCAGGAGUACAAUUGUCGUCACGUUGAAGAUGAUCUUCGAUUGUCCAAAUGUUCCAACCGUAACAAUGAGAGUCUGAUAGAAAUCUUGAAGUCAGACAUUGAAUGUGGAUGGAGCAGCGCGUCAAAAAUUUCCAGUUCCUUCUUUACAUUAUGUUUGUUCAGUUUAUUUUCUCUGCGAUUCAUAUUUAAUUAAUUAUUGUGUAACUCUUGAAGUGUAAAUAAAUUAAUUAUUAAAUAAUCAUAGAAUU